UGACCUCAGCCCAGCUCUCCUCUCGAGGAAGAAGAAGAAGAAACAGCAGCGGCGACCACUGUAUAAUUCUCUCUCUUCCUUUCUCUCUUCUCGGGAAAAACCUCAACUUUCUCAGAGAAAACAGCUACACAAAAGCAAUAAAGAGAUCGAAUUUCAAAGAACAAGAAAAAAGUUCGAUUUUAAACUCAUCUACGCUCCAUUUUCAGACAAACCCAUCUUUGAAAUUCGGAAUUUGAUUCCAUCUUCAAAAACAUAGCAAUGUCCAGUCUCAACCACUAAAACCCACCUCCAUUGUUGGAUCUUCAAUGGAUUCUCUUCACCUUCUUUCAAUCUUCUUCUUCUUCCUAACCCUCAUUUCCUUUCUAGAAGGAACUUCACUAAUCGAUGGAGACAAACAAGCAUUACUAGAUUUCAUAAACCAACUUCCUCAUUCCCGUUCUCUCAACUGGAACCAAAACACCACCGUUUGUAACAGUUGGACCGGAAUCACAUGCAGUCAAGAUGGGUCACGUGUUGUCGCCGUUCGUCUUCCAGCUAUUGGAUGUCACGGUCCGAUUCCGGCUAACACUCUUGGUCGAUUGUCGGCGUUACAGAUCUUGAGUCUUCGAUCUAAUGGUAUUUCUGGUAGUUUUCCUUUAGAUCUUUACAAACUCAACAACUUAUCAUAUCUAUAUCUUCAGUUCAACAAGUUUUCAGGUCCUUUACCUAAUGAUUUCUCGAUUUGGAAGAAUUUAACAGCUAUUAAUCUAUCGAAUAAUGGGUUUAAUGGGUUUGUUCCUCUUUCAAUUUCGAAUCUAACCCAGAUUACAUCUUUGAAUCUAGCUAAUAAUUCCCUUUCCGGUCAGAUUCCUGAGAUUUAUUCACUUAAUUUACAGCAAUUAGAUUUAUCUAACAAUCAGUUCACCGGCAUUGUGCCGGUUUCUCUUGUUAAAUUCCCACCUGCGGCGUUCACUGGAAACAACUUAACAUCAGGAAACUUAUCUGCCCUUCCCGGAGAAAGAAAACCAACAAAUCGGAAACUUAGUCAAUCGGGUUUACUCUGGAUUAUAAUUGUUUCAUCUACUCUUGGAUUAAUUGGGUUUGGUUUUCUUCUGAUUGUUUGUUACUUGAGAAGGAGAGGAAACGAUGUUUUCUCAGGGAAGAUGAUGAUUGAGAAAGGAAAUAUGUCGCCUGAGAAGGUGAUUUCUCGAACAGUUGAUGCGAACAACCGUUUGUUCUUCUUUGAAGGUUGUAAUUAUGCAUUUGAUUUGGAAGAUUUGUUGAGGGCUUCUGCUGAGGUAUUAGGUAAGGGGACUUUUGGUAUGGCUUAUAAAGCUAUUCUAGAGGAUGCAAACGCGGUUGUGGUCAAGAGGUUGAAGGAGAUUGGAGUUGGGAAAAGGGAAUUCGAACAACAUAUGGAAUUGGUUGGAAGUAUUAGGCACGAGAAUGUUGUUGAAUUGAGAGCUUAUUAUUAUUCGAAAGACGAGAAACUUUUGGUUUAUGAUUAUUAUGGCGAAGAUGGGAGUGUGGCUGCCAUGUUACACGGAAAACGCGGUGAGGACGACAGAGUACCUCUAGAUUGGGAAACCCGAUGGAGAGUUGCAACAGGUGCAGCCCGAGGCAUUGCUCAGAUCCACGCCAACAAGCUCGUCCAUGGAAACGUAAAAUCCUCAAACAUCUUCCUCAAUUCCGAACAAUACGGUUGUGUUUCCGACGUGGGCCUUUCCGCGAUAAUGGGCCAACUAGCACAAUCCAUAGCCCGGGCAUCAGGUUAUCGUGCACCCGAAGUGACUGACACGCGCAAAGCAUUGCAGCCAUCGGAUGUGUAUAGUUUUGGAGUUUUGCUUUUGGAGCUCCUCACGGGCAAGUCUCCAGUUCAUGCCAAAGGUGGGGAUGAGAUUGUGCAUUUGGUCCGAUGGGUUCACUCGGUUGUUCGAGAAGAGUGGACGGCCGAAGUGUUUGACAUCGAAUUGUUGAAGUAUGCUAAUAUCGAAGAGGAAAUGGUUGAGAUGUUGCAGAUAGCGUUGGCAUGCGUGACUAGGAUUCCCGAUCAGAGACCUAAAAUGAUCGAGGUUGUUUCUAUGGUUGAGAAUGUUCGGAGAAUUCAGCCGGAGAAGAAGCUUGAUUUUCCUUAAGUUGUGUAUUUUUUUUCACUUUUUUCACUUACUUGGUGAACUUAAGUCUCAUGUCUUUUCUUUGUUUUAACCAAUCUAGGCAUAGUUUGAUUAGUUGUUAUUACAUUAUUUUACUAUCUAUUUGUUGCUAUUGACUAUUUAUUGAUGGGAUGAAUGUAUCCAAAUAUGCCUUUAAAGUGGAGUUCAAUUUGAAAUUUGUGCCAGUAAAAGGAAGGAUACCAUUAUUUGAAA